AUGGUGAAAGAGAUUCUCUCCUAUUUCCUUGCUUUUUCUUGGGUCGGCCUGGCGCGGGCCGAUUUCCAAUUCAUCGACUUUUGGGAAGCUUCAGACGAGUACGCGGCAGAGAUAUUUUCGACGCUCAAUGUGGGAAGUAAGAAGUUCGCGAGUUCCUUCCAAAAUCGCUACAACCGAGCCAAAUUGGCCGCCAAGUUCUACCAAGACAGCGGUCCCUGUGACUCUGGCUUCACCAACCCAUCGUAUGAGCCCGUAGAGAUGAAGAUUUUCGACCCACGAGCGGCGAUGAGUACCAACUUGCGGAAUUUUGCCGACAUGCUCGAUUCUUGGAUCAACUCGUACGCUUGUCUCGCCUCAAGAGACCGUGUUGCUGGUAAGCAGAUCCGAGUUCCUCAGCGAUCUGUUAAAGACAUUCGCAAGAUGUCAAAGCGAGACGAAUUUCAGGAAGAGGAGUUUGCGUACCACAUCUCACCAACAACGAUGGACUACGAUGAAGCGUUGGCUUACUGCUAUCUUCGCGGAAGUUGGCUUGCAGAACCAGCUGGUGAUAAAAAUCGCUUCGGUGCGAUGAAGAGUGCACUCGAUAAUCAGUGGUAUUGGUUCCACGGUGACGAUUCGUGCACUGCCGUUUCUGGUACAGGCGAAGUCGUCGAUGAAAAUUGCAACUCACAGUUUCCGGCGGUCUGCGAAACUGGCCAAUUUACUGACAAGUGCUAUCCUGCUGAAUACAAGUGGUGUACUGCUUGGGGAGAUCCUCAUUUCACGACUUUCGACGGAGAGUUUCACCAUCUCCAACCUCGAUGCGAAUAUGUCAUGGCCAAAGUCGAUACUGAUGAAUACCCAAAUGUGCCAAAAUUUAAUAUCAUCGGUGAUUUUGCUCCUGUUGAGCCUGGUUCAUCCCUGACUUACACACAAGGCUUCACGUUUGAAUUUCCUGGGCAGGAUCAAUCGCCGGAUGAGAUUCCGAGAUACGUCAUUUCUGUUGAAAGAGAUGACCGAAGAACAUCUGGCAUCCGAAGAAGCAUUCUUGAAGAUCGUCUGACCGGCGAUUCAUACGAUUCAUCUUUCGGAAACAAUGAUUUCGACUUGUAUAUUUCAGAUACGGUUGUUGUAAUAAUCACUUGGUUUGAGGUCUACGUAAAAUAUACAGCCUCUGCAGCAUGGAACGGAAGAAAUUAUAAACUUCAGAUCAGGGUUCCUGAUUGUUACGCUCAUAAUAUCAAUGGACUUUGCGGGAACUACGACGGUGAAAAAUACGUUGAAUUUACAUCUGGAACCUCUGGUUCUCUCACCAGGGAUCUCGACAAUUGGAGGACAACUCAGGAAAAUCUUUACGCAUGGGCUGAUCAGUUUCAAGUUCCUGACGAGCUUUGCCAUCGUAUCUUUGACCUUAACUGUGCGGUUGAUAUCAAUCAUGCUAUCACUGCUUGCCAAGCACUUGAUCCUGACAAUUCCGAAUCUAUUUUCGAGCCCUGCAGUGGCGAUAAAGGCGAUGCGUUCUUCAGCUGCGUUACAGAAAAAUGUGAUAGAUCAGACGAAUGCCUAGCAUUUGAAUCGUUCGCGAAAGAGUGCAUUAAUGCUUUGGAACCAGAAGAAAGAGAACCAAUCUGCGACUGGGCGAAUGAACUGGGAUGUUCUACAGCUUGUGGGGCUAAUGCUGUUUUCGAAGGAUGUGCCGACACGUGCGCUGCAACAAGAACAUGCAGAAAUCGUCAUCAGAGUGAUUUCGAGCGAUGUGGUGCAAACACUGAGAUCGAUAGCAUGUGCGUUUGCGAACCAGGAUUCAUACUCGAUGGAGAGGACUGUAUUCCUGAAGAAAACUGCGGUUGCACAGAAAAUGGCUACUACUACGCCCUCGGUUCGGUGUUUCAAAAGCCAAAUCGUUGGUAUCCAGAAGAGAACUGCGAAUGCACAACUUCAGGAAUUGUCUGUACGCCGACCCCAUGUGAUCAAAUGCAAAAAGGACACUGCAAGAUUCACAGCGACCCUUGGAUAACAACUUUCGACAAGACAUAUUACGCAUUCCAUGGCAGCUGCAGAUACAAUCUCGUUAAGGCUGAUGAUACUGAAGAUCGACCUGGGUUCUCUAUUGAUAUCAGUAACAGAGGCAGUAGCAGAUGGACAAGUAGAAGUGGAUCACAUUCUGGAACUGUUGUGGACCAAAUCUGGCUAGAAGCACAUUCAAGCGACUACGUAUUUGGAAACCAGAAAAGAUACUUCUUUCAUUUCAACAAUAGAGAUAAUUCAGCAGAUUAUAUGCAAACAGAACUAGAUAUCACCCUGGUUGAUCGUUUAACUGAGCGGACGUAUUUUAAUACUGAUUUUUCAAAUGAUGAUAUCAGCUUAGAAAUCACAUUGAGCGAUUAUGCUCAUACAGCUGGAUUUAAUCUUCAAGUGCACUCGAAUGGUCUUCAGAUCAAAUAUAAGUACUACUAUUGGUGGAUGGACGUAUAUGUUCCAAGUUGCUACAAGGAGUCAGUUUCAGGUCUCUGCGGUGAUUGGGACGGCAACUCUGAUUUUUCGUUGUCUCGAGACUACCAAAACGAUCCAGACGAGUUUGGCGAACGAUUCAUGACUGCACGAAUUUCUGACGAAUGUACCCACGGUCGAUUUUUCGAGCCUUGUGAAGAUUUAGAGCCGGCGGAAUUCACUGCAGCGAUUGAGAGAUGUGAUUCUCUUGAAGAUGGAACAGAUCAAGCCGAGGUUUUCAGAACAUGUGACUUCGUCAGCGAUAAGCAGGGAUACUUCGAUCGUUGUCUCUGGAAUAGCUGUCUCGACCUUGCUUGUGGAUCUAUCCAGAAUUUUGCUGAAGAAUGUCUUCUCAGAAAAACGGAAGGCACUGCAGAUUUCAAUGAAAUUUGUAACUGGCCUCAAGUGACGAGCUGCACCGAAGAAUGCUCAGGAGGACAAGUUUUCAAGGGAUGUACAAAUUCUUGCAAGGAAGCAAGAACAUGCGAUGAUGUUGUCAACGGAGUCUCAGAUGCUGAUCGCUGUGGAUCAGAACGUUCAAUCUAUCCUAUGUGCGGUUGUCCUGAUGGACAAGUCAUGCACAAUGGAGAGUGCAUCAACGAAGAAGCUUGUCCUCGUGAUUGCGUUUCAACAGGAACAAGCUAUUGCACAGCAUAUGGUGAUCCUCACUAUAGAAUGUUCGACGGCGAUACCCACCAUUUCCAGGGUGCUUGCAAAUAUAGGCUUGUUAAAUCAUCCGGCGACGACGAGUUUAGAAACAUGCCAGCAUUUAAUAUUGAUGUUGAUCAAAGACGAUGCGGAGCCGAUAGUAACGCAGUUUCCUGCGUACAAGGAAUGACGUUUGAGUUCCCUGGAAAGAAUCAAUUCCGAUCUGAGACUCCAAGAUACUUUUUUACAGUUGAUCGGUUCUCUUACAUUUUUGAAGAUCGCCAUACUGGACAGUCUUACGAAAAUGGUUUCGUUAAUGAUGACGUCACCUUUGAAAAAAGAGGGUCUACUGCUUAUGUGCGAACAUGGUUCGAGGCAGAAACUUCCUACACUCCCUAUAGCAGGUGGGCAACGCUACGUGUGACUCUACCAGAUUGCUACAUGAACCACGUUGAUGGUCUCUGUGGAAAUUGGAAUAAUCAAACGUUCGAUGAGUUCAAUGAGAGUGCAGGUAUAUGGAAGAGUGAGGGUCAAUGGCGAGUUCAUCAAGAAGAGCUCGUGGAAUGGGCAAACGAUUUUGCGGAGCCUGAUCCAAGAUGCCGAGAAAUUCAUGAUUUUGAAUGCGAUGACAUCGAUGAGGUAACAGAUCUCUGCGCUGAACUUGACAAAAACAUUCCUGGUGGCGUUUUCCAUGAAUGCACCGCUCCUCGAGAUGCUGCUUAUAUGUCCUGUAUGAUUGACACCUGCAUCUCACGUGAUGCACGAUGCAGUACGCUUCAAAAUUAUGCAAGAGAAUGCUUGAACACGAUUCCCUUUCACCUACGACCAAAUAUCUGCUCAUGGGCAUCUGACACAGGUUGUGAGCUUGAAUGCGGAGACAACAGUAGCUUCCUUGGCUGCGCAAACACAUGUGAUGCCCAGCGAACAUGCAGAAACCGUCAUUUGUCAAGCGAAGAACGAUGUGGAUCAUCCGUGGACAAUAUUGAAAGCAUGUGCGCUUGUGAUCCUGGCUAUAUUCUUGACGACGGAGGAUGCGUCUUGGAAGAAAACUGCGGAUGCACUUGGGACUACAAUAAUCAAUACUACCCACAAGGCACAACCUUUUCAAACAACGAUGAAACUUGUGAAUGCACAACUUCAGGAGUUGUGUGCACGCCAAUUCCAUGUGAUCGAAUGCAGAGGGGACAUUGUGAAGUUAUGAGCGAUCCUUGGAUUACAACUUUCGACAAUACAUAUUAUGCAUUCCAUGGCAGCUGCAGAUACAAUCUCGUUAAGGCUGAUGAUACUGAAGAUCGAGCUGGGUUUUCUAUUGAUAUCAGUAACAGAGGCAGUAGCAGAUGGACAGAUAGAAGUGGAUCACACUCUGGAACUGUUGUGGACCAAAUCUGGCUAGAAGCACAUUCUAGCGACUACGUAUUUGGAAACCAGAAGAGAUACUCCUUUCAUUUCAACAAUAGAGAUAACUCAGCGAAUUACAUGCAAACAGCACUAGAUAUCACCCUGGUAGAUCGUUUAACUGGGCAGACUUAUUUCAACACCGAUUUUUCAAAUGAUGAUAUCAGCUUAAAAAUAACGGUGAGCAAUAAUGCUCAUACAGCCGGAUUCAAUCUCCAAGUGCACUCGAAUGGUCUUGAAAUCAACUAUAAAUAUUACUAUUGGUGGAUGGAUGUAUAUAUUUCAAGAUGCUACAAGGAUUCAGUUUCUGGCCUCUGCGGUGAUUGGGACGGCAAUUCUGAUAUUUUGAUGUCUCGAGACUACGAAAACGAUCCAGACGAAUUCGGCGAACGAUUCAUGACUGCACGAAUUUCUGACGAAUGUACCCACGGUCGAUUUUUCGAGCCUUGUGAAGAUUUAGAGCCGGCGGAAUUCACUGCAGCUAUUGAGAGAUGUGAUUCUCUUGAAGAUGGAACAGAUCAAGCCGAUGUGUUCAGAACAUGUGACUUCGUCAGCGAUAAGCAGGGAUACUACGAUCGUUGUCUCUGGAAUAGCUGUCUUGACCUUGCUUGUGGAUCUAUCCAGAAUUUUGCUGAAGAAUGUCUUCUCAGAAAAACGGAAGGCACUGCAGAUUUUAAUGAAAUUUGUAACUGGCCCCAAGUGACAAGCUGCACUGAAGAAUGCUCAGGAGGACAAGUUUUCAAGGGAUGCACAAAUUCUUGUAAGGAAGAGAGAACAUGCGAUGAUGUUGUCAACGGAAUCUCAGAUGUUGAUCGCUGUGGAUCGGAACGUUCUAUCUAUCCUAUGUGCGGUUGUCCUGAUGGACAAGUCAUGCAUAAUGGAGAAUGCAUCAACGAAGAGGCUUGUCCUCGUGAUUGUGUUUCAACAGGAACAAGCUAUUGCACAGCAUAUGGUGAUCCUCACUACAGGAUGUUCGACGGCGAUACCCACCAUUUCCAGGGUGCUUGCAAAUAUAGGCUUGUUAAAUCAUCCGGCGACGACGAGUUUAGAAACAUGCCAGCAUUUAAUAUUGAUGUUGAUCAAAGACGAUGCGGAGAUGAUAGUAACGCAGUUUCCUGCGUACAAGGAAUGACGUUUGAGUUCCCGGGAAGGAACCAACUCCGAUCUGAGACCCCAAGAUAUUUUUUUACAGUUGAUGGUUCCUCUUUCCUUUUUGAAGAUCGCCAAACAGGACAGUCUUACGAAAAUGGUUUCGUUAAUGAUGACGUCACCUUUGAAAAAAGAGGGUCUACUGCUUAUGUACGAACAUGGUUCGAGGCAGAAACUUCCUACACUCCCUAUAGCAGGUGGGCAACGCUACGUGUGACUCUUCCGGAUUGCUACAUGAACCACGUUGAUGGUCUCUGUGGAAAUUGGAAUAAUCAAUCGUUCGAUGAGUUCAAUGAGAGUGCAGGUAUAUGGAAGAGUGAGGGUCAAUGGCGAGUUCAUCAAGAAGAGCUCGUUGAAUGGGCAAACGAUUUUGCGGAGCCUGAUCCAAGAUGCCGAGAAAUUCAUGAUUUUGAAUGCGAUGACAUCGAUGAGGUAACAGAUCUCUGCGCAGAACUUGACAAGAACAUUCCUGGUGGCGUUUUCCAUGAAUGUACCGCUCCUCGAGAUGCUGCUUAUAUGUCCUGCAUGAUUGACACCUGCAUCUCACGUGAUGCACGAUGCAAUACGCUUCAAAAUUAUGCAAGAGAAUGCUUGAACACGAUUCCGUCUCACCUUCGACCAAAUAUCUGCUCAUGGGCAUCUGACACAGGUUGUGAGCGUGAAUGUGGAGACAACAGCAGUUUCCUUGGCUGCGCAAACACAUGUGAUGCCCAGCGAACGUGCAGAAACCGUCAUUUGUCAAGCGAAGAACGAUGUGGAUCAUCCGUUGACAAUAUUGAAAGCAUGUGCGCUUGUAAUCCUGGCUAUAUUCUUGACGACGGAGGAUGCGUCUUGGAAGAAAACUGCGGAUGCACUUGGGACUACAACAAUCAGUACUACCCACAAGGCAGAACCUUCUCAAAUAACGAUGAAACUUGUGAAUGCACAACUUCAGGAGUUGUGUGCACGCCAAUUCCAUGUGAUCGAAUGCAGAAGGGACAUUGUGAAGUUAUGAGCGAUCCUUGGAUAACAACUUUCGACGAUACAUAUUAUGCUUUCCAUGGCAGCUGCAGAUACAAUCUCGUUAAGGCUGAUGAUACUGAAGAUCGACCUGGUUUUUCUAUUGAUAUCAGUAACAGAGGCAGUAGCAGAUGGACAGAUAGAAGUGGAUCACAUUCUGGAACUGUUGUGGACCAAAUCUGGCUAGAAGCACAUUCAAGCGACUACGUAUUUGGAAACCAGAAGAGAUACUCCUUUCAUUUCAACAAUAGAGAUAACUCAGCGAAUUACAUGCAAACAGCACUAGACAUCACCCUGGUAGAUCGUUUAACUGGGCAGACGUACUUCAACACCGAUUUUUCAAAUGAUGAUAUCAGCUUAAAAAUAACGGUGAGCAAUAAUGCUCAUACAGCCGGAUUCAAUCUCCAAGUGCACUCGAAUGGUCUUGAAAUCAACUAUAAAUAUUACUAUUGGUGGAUGGAUGUAUAUAUUUCAAGUUGCUACAAGGAUUCAGUUUCUGGCCUCUGCGGUGAUUGGGACGGCAAUUCUGAUAUUUUGAUGUCUCGAGAUUACCAAAACGAUCCAGACGAAUUCGGCGAACGAUUCAUGACUGCACGAAUUUCUGACGAAUGUACCCACGGUCGAUUUUUCGAGCCUUGUGAAGAUUUAGAGCCGGCGGAAUUCACUGCAGCAAUUGAGCGAUGCGAUUCUCUUGAAGAUGGAACAGAUCAAGCCGAGGUUUUCAGAACAUGUGACUUCGUCAGCGAUAAGCAGGGAUACUACGAUCGCUGUCUCUGGAAUAGCUGUCUCGACCUUGCUUGUGGAUCUAUCCAGAAUUUUGCUGAAGAAUGUCUUCUCAGAAAAACGGAAGGCACUGCAGAUUUUAAUGAAAUUUGUAACUGGCCACAAGUGACAAGUUGCACUGAAGAGUGUUCAGGAGGACAGAUUUUCAAGGGAUGCACAAAUUCUUGCAAGGAAGAGAGAACAUGCGAUGAUGUUGUCAACGGAAUCUCAGAUGCUGAUCGCUGUGGAUCAGAACGUUCUAUCUAUCCUAUGUGCGGUUGUCCUGAUGGACAAGUCAUGCAUAAUGGAGAAUGCAUCAACGAAGAGUCUUGUCCUCGUGAUUGCGUUUCGACGGGAACUGGCUCUUGCAAAGCAUCUGGUGAUCCUCACUACACAAUGUUCGACGGCGACACCCACCAUUUCCAGGGCUCAUGCAAAUACAGCUUCGUAAAAUCAUCCGGGGACGAAGACUUUAGAAACAUGCCAGCAUUUAAUAUUGAUGUUGAUCAAAGACGAUGCGGAGAAGACAGUCGGGCGGUUUCCUGUAUUUAUGGAAUGACAUUCGAAUUUCCUGGAGAGAACCAGCAUCGAUCUGAAACUCCAAGAUAUUUUUUGACAAUUGAUGGUUUUUCUUUUGUAUUCGAAGAUCGCCAAACUGGGGAGUCUUACGAAAAUGGCUUUUCUAAUGAUGAUGUAACAUUUGAAAAAAUUGGUCGUUCUGCAAAAGUUAGAACAUGGUUUGAAGCAGAAACUCUCUACACCCCAUAUCAUCAAUCCUACUGGGGAAUAUAUGCGACUCUUGAAGUGACACUACCAAAUUGCUAUAUGAAUCACGUGGAUGGUCUCUGCGGCAAUUGGAAUGGAGAACAAUUCGAUCAAUUCCACCGAAUUGGAGGUGAUUGGCUUGGAGCUUCAUGGCGCGCUCAUCAAGAGGAGCUUGUUGAAUGGGCAAAUGACUUCGCUGAGCCUGAUCCAAGAUGUCGGGAAGUUCACGAUUUCGAGUGCGAUGAUAUCGAAGAAGUCACAGAUCUAUGCCAUGAGCUAGAUAAAAACAUUCCUGGUGGUGUUUUCCAUGAGUGCACAGCUCCAAAGGAUGCUGCUUACCUGUCUUGUCUCAUUGACACAUGCAUCUCACGUGAUGCACGAUGCAAUACCCUUCAAAAUUAUGCAAGAGAAUGCUUGAACACGAUUCCAUCUCACCUUCGACCAAAUAUCUGCUCAUGGGCAUCUGACACGGGCUGUGAACUUGAAUGCGGAGACAACAGUAGCUUCCUUGGCUGCGCAAACACAUGUGAUGCCCAGCGAACGUGCAGAAACCGUCAUUUGUCAAGCGAAGAACGAUGUGGAUCAUCCGUUGGCAAUAUUGAAAGCAUGUGCGCUUGUGAUCCUGGCUAUAUUCUUGACGACGGAGGAUGCGUCUUGGAAGAAAACUGCGGAUGCACUUGGGACUUCAAUAAUCAGUACUACCCACAAGGCAGGACCUUCUCAAACAACGAUGAGACUUGUGAAUGCACAGCUGACGGCAUAGUCUGUGCACCGAUUCCUUGCGAAAACCGACCAACAGCGUAUUGCAGAUCCCAUAAUGAUCCGUUCAUUUACACCUUUGAUGAGUACGAGUAUUUCUUCCAUGGCAUCUGUCGAUACAACCUUGCAAGCGCCCCUGAUACAGUAGAAUUGCCUGGAUUCAAUGUCGAUUCCAAAAACAGAAAAACAUUCUACGGUGCAUCGUCUGGUACCGUUACUGAUCAGCUUUGGUUCGAUUUCCAUGGAGCUGACUACGUUUUUGGCGAUUCAAAACGAUACUCUCUAACAAUUAAAAAUUUGGAUACAUCAAUUUACUGGACAAAUGCUCAUUUCGAAAUCACCCUUACUGACCAUCGUACAGGAGAAAAUAUUAUCGAUAGAAUUUCUUCUUCGACUCGAAAUUCUUUCACGUCGUCUGACUAUGAAAUUACUGUGAAACAGACGCGUUGGAAUUCGAAUAUUUUUUAUGACACUGUCGAAAUUCGAAUAGCUAAUGGAGUUUCAGUUGAGUUCAGCACUAAAUCUUUCUCUGCUUAUGUCCGUGUCAACAGCUGCUUCAAGAACAUAAUGACCGGUCUUUGCGGAAAUUACAACGAUAAUAACUCCGAUGAACGUCUUUUGUCAACUGAAUAUGACGACGAUAGUAACGCCGUAGGAGAACGAUUCCGAACUGACAGCGAUGAAACCUGCUCACACGGAGAACUUCUCAAGCCCUGCGAAGAUCUUCUCGAAGAAUCUGAUCAAGCUGCUGUCGAUGCUGCUGAAGAUCGAUGUGACAUUGUGAACCCAAGGCCGAACGAUUAUUUAAACAGAGGCUUUUUCAAUGGAUGCGAGUUCCUUGGAAGUAGAAUGCCAACUUAUGAAGCUUGCCUCUUCCAUAGUUGUCUGGAUCCUGAAAUGCACUGCGGAAUCAUUGAAGACUAUGCAUCUCAAUGCCUGGCAAGAAAAGUUGCUGGGACAGCUGACUACCAAAGAAUUUGCGAGUGGGCUUCUGUCACUGGCUGUGCUCAAGAAUGUCCAGCAUUAGAGAGCGGUCUUGGAGAAAGCCCAAUAAGAGCAGAAGAUCCUUACAAGAUUAGUCUCGAGGUCUUCUGCACUGGUGAACGAGCUGAUGCAAUGACAGGAAUGGCCUCGUAUUUGCGACAAGAUGGAAGCCAAAAGAAUGGUUACUACUUCGGUGUUGGUGGAGUCAACAAUAAACUACAAAUUUUCGUCUGGAUGGAGAAUCCAGAUUUCGAAAAAGAAACUGGUUGGGAGCUUCUUACAGACUUCGGCGAUGAUUGGUGGGAGUUAACACGAAACCCAACAUACCUCUUCCUUUGCGAAGCAGACUCCUGGAAUUCCAUUGUUUUGACACAAGAAUACGAGCAAUCUCAGAAAAAGUGGGUGAAAACGCUGAACAUCAAUGGCGUUGACCGAUACAGAAUAACAACCGAUCUUCCAAAUCAAGGCACACUUACUGGUUACAGUACCAUUCUCGGUCGAGAAGAAAGAAGCGAUCUUAUGAGAAACCUGAAGAUCGAGAGGCUCUCAAAGAAAGAAAUCACCGCUCAUGUUUUCAAGGGCUGUACAAACGCAUGCUUCGAGCAGCAGACAUGCGAAGAUGUAGCCAGAGGAAUCAGCAGAGAACAGCGUUGCGCUGCUACUGCCAACAGAGUAGAAGGCAUGUGUGGAUGUCCUGAUGGGUUCUUGUUUGAAGAUGGAGUCUGCGUUGCGGAAAGCUCAUGCGGAUGCAUCAACAACGACGGAAACUAUGUUGAGCUUGGCACAGUUGAAGGAGGAUGCACUUGUACUUCGACUGGAUACGAAUGCGAACCAGAACCAUGCCCAUGUGAAGAGUUUGAUUCAUGCAUCGACUUUAUUUGCGAAGAUGCCCAGUCAUUUUUCGUUCCCGAGGAUGGAAUAAUCGGAGAAUUCACUGCCACUCGAAACUUUGAGCUUAGCUAUGAAUUCAACUGUGGAGCUAUGGAAGCAAAUUCUACUUACGUUGGGCCCCAUAUUUAUGCUACAGGGGAGUUCCCAAGAUCAUUCAAUGAAGGAGAUGAUCCGACAAAGCCUACCGAGGAGAAGAGAAAAAAGAAAAGAAAAGCAAGGUUCGCUGGAUCACCACAAUAUUGGUAUAUUGGCUGGACUGAUGCAAUCGAAGAAGACUCAUUAAUUUCGUCAACUGUAUUUGAUGGAGGUAAAACCUAUCAUGGGUUUGCUUUUUUCUUCGAUCUCGGAUAUUGCGACGAAGAAAAUUUCAAUACAAUGAAGUAUACUCAGAAUUUCGAUGAAGAAGAUGGGACAUACACACAAAAUUUUUAUUUCAACGGAGAGUUAAAAGAAACAAAAGUGUAUUCCGAAAACGAAUUUACCCCGUAUGAAGGAGAUCUCACUGUUUCGCUUCUUCCUCGAGGCUACGACUAUUUCCAGCGUUGGCCUGGCACCAUCAAGAAUUUCUAUAUUCGUGAGACCAAUCCGAAUCGAAUUGUUCUUGUCAACAAUGAACCAAUUGCUCCAGCAGAAGACACAAUGAUCGCAACACUGACUUCAUCUGCCUAUUACACAGCAGAAAUGGAGAUUUUCUGCGCUACUGACAGUUUGCCACUCGACGGGGGCUUGUUCGGCUACAAGUCUAUCUUGGCCGUUACAUCUGGAACUGAUUACGGUGAACUUGGAAGUCGAGUCUUCACAGUGUGGAGAAACUCGGGCAACAACCUUCUUUGGUUCGCAAAUCCGAUCGGAAAAUCAAGAGAUCAUAUUGCGACGCCUGCGUGUGACGCCGGUCAAUAUAACCAUUGGAAACUCGUCGUCAGAGCUGAUGAUACAGAUGCUUCAAUUACUGUGGCCGAACUUUUCAAAGACGGUGUUCUUAUUGCGACCAAAACCGGUCCAAAGAGUGACACAAUCGGCGAUGGAGAAGAACUUCAGGUUUGGGCUGGUAACGGAUGGCCUGACUUCCCCAGAAGCGGCUAUGGUAUUGGAUCUACGUACCUGAUCAAGAAUGUCAUUUUCAACAGACAAUGA